CACUGCAUAUUUAGUAAAAAGUUGUACGUACUUCGUUAAAACUCUGGAAGGUAGAGUUUUUUUUAAUUAAUUAUUAUCAAAUUAAAAUCUGUGAUGUACAUUUGCGUGUGAUAUAAAUAAUUUUGUAAACCUACGUUGUAAUGAAAUAUGCUAAAAAGAAAUUAUUAAACAUAACUUAAAUUUAAACAAAGCCAUUUAAUAUAUUUUCAUUUAAAAUAUAUUAAAACAUAAAAAAUAAAAUCACUGGCUUUUAUAAAAAUAUUAAGCGAACAUUAUGAGCAACUCCACUAUCCUUGAUGUUAUCGAACAUUAUCAGAAAAGCAUAGAUCGGUCGGCGGAUGAUGAGCAAAGGCUCCUGCACUGCAUCAAUAAGCUAUACAAGCUUCCCGUAAAAGUGGAGCACUUACAGCAAACUGGUAUUGGUAAAACAAUCAAUUCGUUAAGAAAGUAUAAUGGUGAAAUUGGUGUUGCUGCGAAAGCACUAGUGGCAAAAUGGAAGGCAAUGGUAGCUGCUGAAGAAGUAUCACUUCAACCACAGUGUAAUAAUAAUGGUUAUGAUAGUAAUCAUUCUACCGAAAGGGAUUCGAGUGAUGACAACAAAAAUAAUGUAUCUCGGAGUAUGUCAAAUAGCCAAUCUACAAAUAGCAAUAAAAACCAAAAAAAUGAAAAAACAAGUUCAAGUCAUAAAAUUGAGAGAUCACAUCACAAUGAAAAACAUAGUUCAUCAAAACAUAAAUCGAUUACAAGCAGUCACUCGAAAGAAAAAAAUGAAGGAGUUAAUAAAGAUAUAAAAAAUGAAAAAAAUUAUCAAACCCAUCCACAUGAAAAUGAGCGAGGUCAUAGAAAACAAAUUUUUGAAAGUGAAGAAAGGAGAAAGAAAAACACAGAGAAGGCAAUAGAUCAGAAUUCUAAAAGUUAUACCCAAAAACAUAUUAAUAACACUGAUAACUCCAAUAAAGAUAAUACUCGUAAAAGCAAAAGUCAACCUUUAUCCCCUAAAGCUGAAACUGAAAGUGAACAUACUAAAACUGCAAAAUUGAAUAAAGAAAAAAAUACUCCAAAUAAUUCUUCAAAAGCUGAUAGACAUCACAGUGAUAAAAAAUUAAAAUCGGACGAACAUCACAAAGAUAAGUCUUCCUCUUCAUCUGGAAAAGAAAGAAAUGCGCAUUCUUCUAGUUCAAAGCACUCAAGCAAGAAAACCAAUUCUACGGAUAUAAAAUCUAGUGACUCCAAAGCUUCCAAGCAUAAAAGACAUCGCGAUACCGAUAACGAGCAAUCAGAUGUCAAACAGCCAAAUUUGAAAAUUGCAAAAACAGAAAAUCAAACUAAUUAUGAAGAUGAAGAAGAUACUGCCGACGGUUUUGAUUCCUCAAUGGGUGCGAACUUUGCUGACGUACUUGGAAUGCUGAAUGUACCAACAGUAAAAAAUAAAAAAAUCAAUAACUCUAUGAAGGCAUCAUCAAGUAAUCUUACAUUAAAUAAAUCAUCUACUGAAAAAUCAUCUCAAAAAAGGGGACAACAAAAUAUAAUUGAAACAAAAAAACCACAAGCGUCAUCAUUAUCAUCAUCUACUGUAGUAGGAUCUAAGGCUACACCAAAUAAAAAACCAGAUCUACUAUCAUCCUGUGCAAAAUUGGAACCACUCGAUCCCAACAUAGCUCUGGAAUUGCCAACUACAAGUAUUUCUACGAAUUAUAAACCAAUGCCUCUUAAUCAGACUGUUAUGGAUUGUGUGUUUAAGACAUCAAAUUCUAGUGCUUCGAAAGCGCAAACAAAUUAUGCUCUAUCAGAAGCAGAUGCAAUCACUCAUGGGAUUUCAUCUAAAACAAUGAGAACUAAAAUUUAUUCAGGCGUUAAGACGGGCCAAAUUUUCCAAGUACCAACACUUUUUGAUUUGUGCAUUCGUAUAUUACAAAAACAUAUUGAUGCUCUUGAAUAUACGGGAGGAGUUCCAUUUGAAGUUUUAAGGCCUGUACUGGAACGCGCCACACCACAGCAAUUAUUUGUAUUUGAAGACUUUAAUCCUUAUUUAAUGGAAGAUACAGACAUUCUAUGGCAACAGCAUUGCCAAAGAAGCUAUCGUUUGCAAAAACGCCAAGAAAUGGAAACAUGGAGAGAAAUGUUUUUACGCUGCCAAGAGGAUCAGGAACGUAAGCUCAGUAUAUUAGCUGAAAGCAUUAAACAAUCACAAAAAAUAAUUGCUGCCCCUAUAAGGAAAACUCAACUGGCUUUUGUUGACUCGAUGGUUAAACCUCCACGUAAUGUCCAACGGAAACAGGAACAAUAUGGAACCAAAUCGAAACUAACUGCCACACCAGCAUCACGUGUAGCUGCGUUGUCAAGUGUUACUCCAAACGCAGCUAAAUCUGGAGAUUCGCGCUUACGAGUUGCAGGAGGAUUAAGAGAUACUGCUCAAGUUUCUACUGGAAUCGCUCGACCAAAAAAAGCACCUCUUAUGGCUAAAACAUUACAAUUUAUGCGUGGACGUCUUAAACGGUAAUAUUUUAAUUAAAAAUAUCAUUUAGUACUUUAAAGGCUUUUAUAUAUUUUAAUGUGUCCUAUAUAUGCAAGUUAAUAUACAUUCUAUGUGUUUACAUUGUUUUCAAAAUUAUGCUAAAUAUCUUUAUACUUUUACUAAGAAAAUUGUAGCAUCACAUUUAUUUAUUUAGUAUUUU